UUGGUGAUAGAUGUGGUCAAGACCCGAUUACAAGUUGAGGCCAGAAAGGGAGAGUCCCAUUAUAAAGGCCUGUUUGAUGCCUUCAGGAAGAUCCUGAGAGAAGAAGGACCUCGUGCAUUAUUCAAAGGAGGUCCAGCUCGUGUCAUCCGAAGUAGCCCUCAAUUUGGCUUCACAUUAUUGGCAUAUGAGCAGCUACAUCACUAUCCUUGGGGUGAACAACCAAAGAAGAUUGACACGAUGUUUACGCGAGUUCCCGAGGACUUGUCUAUGAUUCGUGCCCGGAAUGCGCUCAAGAUUCUGUUAGACGUUCAUGGUGAUAUAGGUCGAAAGUUACAGGAUAGAUCUUGA